CGUUGUUUCGCUUAGUAAGUGCUACUUGUUGGUUUGUAUCGGACAGUGGUCGUUGCGAAUUUUUGUCGAAACGCACGCAACAAGUGCUAUUUGUUUGGCGCGUGCUGUACGAAUAAUAAAAUAAAUUAAUACGUCGUGAUUACCGAGAUAAUUAAUUGGAAUAGGGAUUUAUUAUUUGUUGUAAAGCGUUCGUGUAACAUUUUAAAUAAUGUAAAAUAGUGAAAGUGUUAUUGGUGGUCUUUCAAAUGUUCCACGCUAAGUGCUAGAAGUGUCGCAUGUUGUAAUAUGCAACAAAAGAUGAUACCUGUAGAGAGAUAGAGACUGGUAUUAAAAAACAAUUCAAUUUUCAGAAGUUACCAGCUAUAUAGAGUGGGAAAAUGUGAGCCUUGCGUUAUUUGAAACAUUAAAUAAUUAAUUGGUGUAACAUCGUUAGUACAGUACAGUGUAUUAAUUAAAGAUUAAAGACAAGAAAAACAUAUUAUCUAUAUCUCCCAAUAAAGUAGAGAAUGUAAAUAACGUGAGUGUGCCUGUAGUGUUUUGUAAUCAUUUCAACAUUAUUGACGCGUCCUCGGCGUCGAUAAUAAACAGUGGACGUCGUACCCCUUUGUAUGUCUCCAUACAGUCGUUACCGACCGCUGUGCGGUUCGGACACAAUGACCGUCUUACAGGCACCUGGGGGCGGUUGUCGACCUGCUGCCAGUGCCACGGCCGCAUGUCGAUUUUUGCGAUGGAUCUCGAAAUUAGGACCGCAAACCGGGCAUAAGCCGGAUAUAUCUGCAUCCCUAGUGGGUCAGCCGACAGCUGUUAUCCAUGGCCAGGACCAACAAACUGUACAUCCAUAUCUACAGCCUGGAACCACAAUGGCGGAUGAUAGGGUCCUGGACAUGACUGCCACGGAGAACACCAUCCGUUUCAGUGUCCACACCCUGGACAAAGCCACGAAAGCAAAAGUCACCUUAGAAAAUUAUUACAGCAAUUUAAUUGCGCAACACGUUGAACGUAAGCAGAGGUUAGCAAAAUUAGAAGAAACUCUUAAAGAUGAAAGUUUAUCAGAAGAGCAACGUCACGAAAAGCGUUUGCAACAUGCACAGAAAGAAACGGAGUUCCUUCGACUUAAAAGGUCACGAUUAGGAGUCGAAGAUUUCGAACCGCUUAAGGUUAUAGGAAGGGGUGCCUUUGGCGAAGUGCGAUUGGUCCAAAAGAAGGACACGGGUCACGUGUAUGCCAUGAAGAUUCUUCGCAAAGCGGACAUGCUGGAGAAGGAGCAAGUGGCUCACGUUCGUGCCGAAAGAGACGUCCUGGUCGAGGCCGAUCACCAGUGGGUCGUGAAGAUGUACUACAGUUUCCAAGAUCCCAUCAACCUCUAUCUCAUUAUGGAAUUCCUACCUGGGGGUGACAUGAUGACGCUUCUAAUGAAAAAGGACACAUUGUCGGAGGAAUGCACACAAUUUUACAUUGCUGAAACUGCCCUGGCAAUUGAUUCUAUCCACAAGUUGGGAUUCAUUCAUAGGGACAUCAAACCUGACAACCUCCUUCUAGAUGCUAAGGGACAUCUAAAAUUGUCCGACUUCGGACUAUGUACAGGACUUAAAAAGUCCCAUAGGACCGAAUUCUAUCGAGAUCUCAGUCAAGCGAAGCCAUCAGAUUUUAUAAUAACGUCGAGUCCGAUGGACAGUAAGAGGAGGGCGGAGAGUUGGAAGAAGAAUCGGAGGGCGUUGGCGUAUAGUACAGUUGGUACGCCAGAUUAUAUAGCACCGGAGGUGUUCUUGCAGACGGGUUACGGUCCCGCGUGUGACUGGUGGUCCCUGGGCGUGAUCAUGUACGAAAUGCUCAUCGGUUAUCCGCCAUUCUGCUCCGAGAACCCUCAGGACACAUAUAGGAAGGUGAUGAACUGGCGGGACACGCUCAUCUUUCCAGCCGAAGUACCGAUCUCAGAAGAGGCCAAAGACACUAUUAUAAGGUUUUGCUGUGAGUCAGACAGGCGAUUAGGCUCCCAGAAAGGAAUCGAAGAACUGAAGUCUGUGCCCUUUUUUAGGGGAGUCGAUUGGGAGCACAUACGCGAAAGACCAGCUGCGAUACCAGUGGAAGUCAAAUCGAUCGAUGACACGUCGAACUUCGACGAAUUCCCUGAUGUCAAACUCGAAAUUCCAUCUGCUCCAACGAACCAGGACGGCGAGGUACAGUACAAAGACUGGGUCUUCAUAAAUUACACGUUCAAGAGGUUUGAGGGUCUGACUCAACGGGGAACCCCCACGAAAAAGUAAAAUAAAUAGAUAGUUAGAUUCCUUCUUUUAGGCUCCCGAAUUAAUUCCGAGAUCGAAGUUUUGUUAUAUAUUCUCUGCUGUUUGUUCUCUUCCGCGCCGAAAAAAAAAAAAAAAAA